UAAUGUAAUUAUUCCAUUUGGUCGGAGAGGGGUGUCAAAUUAGGCGAUUUUUGUUUUUCCCCCGAACAUUCGAAAGCUCGAAGGGGGUGAUGGGUUUUACCAUCAUCAACCUAUAAACUCGACCUUACUUGGAAAGGAUCAUCAGCCUAUAAAACCUUUGCUACAUUUUUGUGGGAUUCGUUGAGAAUUCGGAAAUGGACGCAACAGAAGUGGAAGAGGCGUUGAGGGUUUUUGAGGCAGCUCUUUCUCAAAUCAAAUGGAGGCUCAAGCCUGCUUCAAAGCGUCGUCUUCAAACUGAUAUUUUGGCCUUGUGCUCAACAAUGAGACCUUGUAUCAUGGUGGAUUAUGGCGGGAAGAUGCCCGAAUUGGGUGAUCAUCUUUGUGCAUUUCUUAAUCAUUGCAAAAAGGAGUCUUCAAUUUUUGAGCAUUUGCGCGUCAUGGUCAUAGACGAUAUGGUCUAUCUCAUUCAGGUCAGAGCACUUAUGGAAUUUGUCAAAUCAAGUUUGAGUAUGGAGACAGCAACGCUCUUUGUGGACCUUGAAAAUGAUCCUCCCAAGAUCAUGACACAGGGCCAGGCAGGACAAAGCCCUGCAGUGAUGCAGCUCCUGUCAGCUCAGAAGUUUUUCUCCUCAGUCCUUCAUGAAGAUGGGGUGAUCGGUGAUCACUUGCAAAGGCAUGAGACUUACACUGCCAGGUCUUCACUUGAUGGACAUGCCACUUCUGGAUCUCCUGAGUUAGUUGAUCUCAGUUGUUGCCUUCAGGAAAGUCAGGUCACAAUCCCAACCCUGAACGGGUGGCUUCUUGGAUACCCAGUAAUUUAUUUGUUUGGGAAGGACUACAUUGAGCAUGCUGUUUAUAGUCUCUCAACCAAAUCUCUUCACAUCUAUCAAAUUUUUGUCAACAGGGUUAGUGCGUUCAGCAAAGGAUAUCAGAAGGAAGAACUAAUGAGCUUUACUGUGCCUUUCGACCUGAGCAUGGAGGGAAGCAAUGAACCAUGGGCACAGUCAUUUUUGGCUCACAUGCGAGGAAGGUGGGAGAACUGCAAGCAUAUCUGGGGAUCUUUGCAUUUGGAGGAUUUGGAGGUUCUCUCUGUAUGAUGAGAUUUAAAAAUGCCAGUUAUUGCCAUAACAGUGAAGGCCCGAUGAAAGUGGUACGAUGGUGAUGCAAAAAUUAUAGUAGUGAAAUAAAGGAGCUUAUAUACUUGCCUGCCUAAGAGAGUGAUCCCACUGACUUGAACAAGUUUGGUGAAACUCUACUUGUGCAAUGUCAUGUAGACUUCACAAUUAGAAAGAUAAGGUGACCCGUCUGGAAAUCUUUCUUAGUAUCUUACUUCCUCCCGACUAGGUGCAAAAGAAAAACUGUACGAGUCACCACCAUUUUGGCUAUCAAGAACUCAAACUUAUGUUAACAUGAUUAAUGGUUUAAAAAAAAAUGCUAUUAUGUGCAAAGACUUGUUAUUUGGUGCAUAGAUUUGCGAAAAUAGUUUUGAAUGUACCAUUAAGGAACGAAUCCUGCUUUGCUAAUGAUCUGAGAUUCCAAUAAAGAUGGUUUCCUCAAAAUUUUUGUUUGUUGGGAUUAUUGCUUACUCUUGAGUUUAGGUGAAGUUAGGUUGUUUUGGUGAACGUUUCACCUAUUAUUGAUAUUUAAGAAGCGGACAACUGAUGUAAAAGGAAUAAAGGCAAGCGAUGGGCAUCAGCUGAGCAUCCGAUCCCUAGACAUCCACUCUCAUAGUAUUCAAGCACUAGCCUCAUGACCUGUCAGAGGACAACUUAAAGCACCUUCUUUUAAGUAAAAUUCUCCCACUCCAUCCAACCCAUAGAGCAGAGGGGAGAAGAUGAAGACAAAUUAUACGGAUUACAAACAAUAUUAAACAAGCUUAAUUGGCAUGCCUAUAUCUCAUCAAUCUGCAGAGCAAUGGAGGGGUUUGCCUAUAUUUGUUUUCUGGUUCAACCUGUUUUUAUGCUUUAAGUGGGCAUAUUAUCAAGACACAUUAUAUACAUCUGUUUUCUUAUCCUUACAGUAACCGAACGACUCAAUGUGAAGAAAACUGGAAAAUGAAGAAGCUGUCUUUAUUUAUCAAUCACAAUUUAAGAGAUAGUUGCAGCAUCUCAACAAGGGUCAAAUAAAAAUUGAAAAAGGAGAAGCAAAACUUUAGGUUAAAAAGCUUAGGAAAAGAUAAAAAAA